AUUAAAAAAUUAUUACAUGUCAGUUAAUUUCAGUAUCAUAUGUAAAACUCAUUUGUUGGCUAAAUAAAAAUGUGUUUUUAUUUUUUAAAUCAAUUAAAUAAAAAAUUUUAAAUUCUGAACAUCGGAUUAGUGUUGUUUUAAUUUUAAGUUCUCUGUUUACACUGAACAUUAUUCAAAAAAUUUAAUUCUCAAAUGUCUCAAUUAUGAAUGAUCUUUUUAUUUCAAAUUCUAUCAUAUCUGACGAUCAAGAGUAAGUUGAAAAAUAUUUAAACUUGGUCAAGUAAAACAGUAUUCUUUCCUGUUAAAAGUGCCGUCAAAUUUUUUGUCUUGAUUACUUAUCUGAUUGCGUACCGUAUCUAAAUUAAAAAGUAAUUUCCAAUGUAUGAUCCCACGUGUUUGAAUUAACAAGUAAUUUUUUAAUUUUUAAUCCCACGUUUCUGAAUUAGAAUUAAUUUUUGAAAUUUUAAACCCACGUAUCAAUUUAAAAACUAAUUUUUUAAUUUUUAAUUUCACUUGUCUGAUUAAAAAUUAGUUUUUCGAUUUUGAAUUAAAAAUUAAUUUCGUAAUUUUAAUCGAUAAAAUUUCAAUUACGGAUUAAAAAUUUAAUUUUCAAUCGCAAAUAUUCUCAAUAAAGAAUUCGCAACCCUGAUCCACACUCAUAUUUUAAAUAAUUAGCAGCCAUCAUGUCAUCUCAAUUCAGCUAACGACCACUUUAACGAAUUUUUAACCCUUAACCCUUAACUGGUCAUCUCUACGAUUUUCAACAUCUUAAUAAAUACACUAAUAUACUAAGUAUACAAGGAAAAUCCGAAAUUUACUUCGCUGAAUUUUUUCGAUUCAAAUUUAUUAAUCGUUACAUGAUUUAAUCAUUUGGCUUGAGCAAAUAAUAAAGGAAGAAUAAAAAAAUGGAAGUUUAUACUUUCGACAAAAGUUUACAAGAACGUACCGUUGAAUUUACGGAAAUAUUAUCAAGCCGUGAAACAAUUGUUCCAGCAUCUCGAAUUAAAUCAGAAUGGUCUUAUCAUGUUGAGUUAGUGAUUGAACCAGUUGGCUGGCAAGCACUGUGGAAAAUACCUAGACUUACUUGCCAAGAUUUUCAGAUUCAUUAUCCUACUGUUGUUGUCGUAUUAGCAGAACAAGUUAAUUAUUCAGAGCUGACUGUCUUAAUAAAAAUAAUAGCAGUACAAGAUGAAAUCCAUUUACCAGAAAAAUACGAAGUGCCUUUAAUUGAAUUGUAUCCAACUAAAAAUCAAGAUAACAAUGCAUUGGAUGUAGUAGGAACUGCUCAUUGUAUCGAUCAAUUAAGAUUUUUUUACAAUUAUCUAUGGAUGCCUUGGGAUAUCGAUGAUGAUGACAAUGUUGACUGGGUGACACUUCAUUUAGAAACUCGAUUGCGACUAUUUUUUGAUAUUAAACGUAAUAAUGUAAAUAAAGAAACUGCUGAUAUAAUAAGGACUUUAAUAAAGGAAGCUAAAGAUAUUUUCGAUAAAAUAUCGAGAUUAGAAGCAGAUAUUUCUGAUGAAGAUGAAGAUGAUGAAGAAAAAGAAGAUACUAAGUGCUUAGUAGAUGAAGGAAAAACUUGUCAACUUAUGAAACUUCAUUUUAGAAUGCAACAAAUUAAAGCUGAAAUGGAAGUUCUGGAAAAUCCUGCAAUGAGGGCUGUGUUACAGAGGAAUCCUGAUACAAACAUUUCAAAUAUUCAAAUUAAAAGAAGAAAAAGUCGAGACAAAAAACUGGAGGCUUUUGUAGUAUGGCAAGGAGGAUCUUUAGAGGAUACAAUAACGUGUUUGAAAAAAAUUGAAAAUUUUUUACCAAAAGAUAUAUUUAUUAAAAUUACAGGAUACAUGCAAGAAGCAUUGGAUGCUUCUGAGACGAAUGAUAAAAUAUUUAUCGGGGAAGGAGAACAUUAUAUUGCAGGAGCUGGAGGUUUGGAGAACGGAGGGUUUAUCAAAGGUAUUGGCAAUUAUCAAAAUACUAUUAUUUGUGCCAAAGAAAACAUAUGUAGUUCAUCAUUGUUAGAUUUUUCUGGAGAAGAGGUUCUCUUAGAUAAUGUUACUGUUGAUCUUGGCGAGCUUCAAGUGGGAAUUCUAGUUAGGAAAGGCGUCGUUAAAUUGAUCGGUUGUAAAAUAUUUGCAUCUAAUCAAAGUGUGAUGAAACUAGGAAUCGUUGUGUUGCCUAAUAGUAAACUCAUUGUUGAGAAUACAGUAUUUGUAAAUCUUGGAACAGCAGUCGUUGUUCAUGCCGCUGGAGAUAUUACUAUGAAAGAAUGUAAAUUUGAAAAAUGCAUGGAAGGCAUUCAACUUCAGGAUGAAGCGCGGGUACGUCUCACAGAUUGCUAUUUAUCGGGUUUUAUAGAGUACGGCAUUCGUUUAGAAACCCAAAAAUAUCUUACAAGUGCGGAAGGGAAAAGUGGCAGCGUAAAUCUCUUGAUGAAUGUUACAGAAAUAUCCUUGGAAGGCUGUACUUUAGAAAAUAAUAAACAAGGAGAUGUGUUAUUAAAGCCGCGACUAAUUACUACCAUAUCAUCAAAAAAUGAAAACCAAAUGGAAAUAUGAUUUUUCAGAAACUGUUUAUUUGAUGUAUUUUAUUAUUUUUCUAAAACUAAUGCAACAAUACUUUUAAUUAUUUUAAAGAAAAAUGACUUGAUGUUGAUUCACAACUUUUUAGUAUACUCAGUAUCAUUUGUAAUUAAAAUGUGUUUUUUUAUUGUACAGUAAAGUUUUUCUAUUGGUAAUAAAACGUAUCUUGUUGAGAGCAGAAGCAGAUAAUAAUAAUGUUUUAAUUAAAGUGGAUCCGCCUGGCUUUAUAAUCUAAUCAAAUCGAAGUCACGAUUAACCCUUUUUGUUGCUACAAGGUUUAUUU